AGCUGUUCACACUGCUGACUGCUCCACCCUCGAGCGAUCCGUCCGUCCGCCGCCGCCACCUUCCUCCCUCCCCUCCCGCCAUGGCGGCCGCCAGGUGGUCCCCGGCCGCCUUCCUCGCACUCCUCCUCCUCCUGCUCCCGUUCGCGCCCAGCCCAGCACGCGCCGCGACGCCGGGGAAGUCCCCGUCGUCCUCGUCCACCGCCGUGUUCCAGCUCCAGGGUGCCGUCUAUCCCAUCGGGCAUUAUCAUGUCACCAUGAAUAUUGGGGACCCGGCCAAGCCUUACUUCCUGGACGUCGACACCGGCAGCGACCUCAGCUGGCUGCAAUGCGACGCCCCCUGCCAAAGCUGCAACAAGGUGCCACACCCAUGGUACAAGCCAACAAAGAACAAGAUUGUUCCCUGUGCAGCUUCGCUCUGCACUAGUUUGAGCCCUAACAAGAAAUGCGCCGUACCACAGCAAUGUGAUUACCAGAUCAAGUACACGGACAAGGCAACUUCACUCGGCGUGCUCAUCGCUGACAACUUCACACUGUCCCUGAGGAAUUCAUCCACUGUCCGUGCCAACCUCACCUUUGGCUGUGGAUAUGAUCAGCAAGUGGGAAAGAAUGGCGCAGUGCAGGCGGCGACGGACGGCUUGCUUGCGCUUGGGAAAGGAUCAGUUAGCCUGCUCUCGCAGCUCAAGCAGCAAGGGAUUACCAAGAAUGUUCUUGGCCAUUGCUUCAGCACGAAUGGAGGAGGCUUCCUCUUCUUCGGGGAUGAUAUCGUACCCACCUCGCGUGUAACUUGGGUUCCCAUGGCUCGUACCACAUAUGGGAAUUACUACUCACCUGGCUCAGGAACACUGUACUUCGACCGACGCUCGCUAGGGGUGAAGCCAAUGGAGGUGGUAUUUGACAGCGGUAGUACCUACACCUACUUUGCGGCCCAACCAUACCAAGCAACUGUUUCUGCGCUCAAAGCUGGUCUCAGCAAGUCACUUAAAGAAGUCUCAGAUGUCAGUCUGCCUCUUUGCUGGAAAGGGCAGAAGGUAUUCAAAUCUGUGUCAGAAGUCAAGAACGAUUUCAAGUCACUGUUCUUGAGCUUUGGCAAGAAUUCUGUCAUGGAGAUCCCUCCGGAAAACUACCUCAUUGUCACUAAAUAUGGGAAUGUGUGCUUAGGUAUCCUUGAUGGUACGGCUGCUAAACAGACAUUCAACAUAAUUGGAGACAUCACAAUGCAGGAUCAGAUGAUAAUUUAUGACAAUGAGAAAGGGCAGCUUGGAUGGAUCCGUGGGUCAUGCAGUAGAAGCUCUAAGUCUAUUAUGUCUAACUUUCCAUGAUCAUUAAUCAGAUCCAAAUCAUUAACCUGUCCGUUCAAACACUGGCUGCACCUCAAGCACUAUAGGGUGCCAUCCAAAUAAAAGUACUGUGUGUUGUAGUGUAUUAACAUGAGCCUGAGGAAAAUGAGGCAGAAAGGAGAGGAGAAGAGCCAUGCAGAUGUAGGCAGAUAAAGUUACUGAUAUGUAUUCUCCUCCUGUUCAUAAUGAAAUGAAGUCUAUAUUUUACCAUCUCC